GCGAACUUUAACCGGAAGUGUGCGACUCUUGUUUCGGAGGAGGUUAAUGAGCUGUCGAUGUCAUUUACAGUGUUGUCUAGAUAUAAUGUAAAAAAGUAACAUUCUGCGUAGCUAGUUUAAUAGAGUACCACAUUUUGUGUAGGCUAAGCAAGUAUAGGAUGUCGGAUACGUUGUCUGAUGAUGCCAGCGGAGGAGAUGAUGGCCAAGAAGAUGUGAUGACUCCAGCGGAGCUGAUUGGGAAAUUGGAAGAGGCCUGGCUGAAUGAGAGGUUCUCUCCUGAGCUCCUGGAGAACAAGUCGGAGAUGGGAGAGUGUGUGAUGGAGCAGCUGACUCACAUGGAGGCCAACCUGCAGCGGGUUAGGAGGGGUGAUGUGAAGGCAAGUGUCCACCGCAUGGAGAUUGACAGGAUCCGCUUUGUCCUCAGCAGCUACCUCCGCUCUCGCCUCCAAAAGAUUGAGAAGUUUUUCCCACAUGUGUUGGAGAAAGAGAAGUCUCGAGUGGAGGGAGAUCCUUCGUUCCUGUCUCCAGAGGAGUUUGCUUUCGCCAAAGAAUAUCUGGCCAACACAGAGACCUAUCUGAAGGCUGUAGCUCUGAAACACAUGCCCCCCAAUCUACAGACAGUGGAUAUGCUGAAAGCAGUACCAGAGCCUUGUCUGGACUCCUUUGUGUUCCUACGUGUGAGGGAGAGACAGGAAAACAUCUUGGUGGAACCUGAGACAGAUGACCAGAGAGAGUAUGUUGUGGAUCUUGAUGUGGAUUCUCAGCAUCUGAUGCGGUAUCGCUCCAUAGCACCCCUGGUUUCAAGUGGAGCAGUACAGCUAAUUUAGCUGUCAAGGUCCCUGCUGACUACUGGCAUCCUAGAGGAGGAGGGACUGGGGGGAGAGUUAGUCUGGAGAGUUCACUGGCAGAGGAAAGCUUGGACCUGGGCCCAGGUCUUGGUGGAACCAUGGGUCGAUCACCAUGGCCAGGAGUAGAGGCCAGGAUUAUUGGAAUUGUUUCCACAAUAUCAGUGAAGGUUUGAAUUUCUGAAAGCUGCUCGAGCUUCAACACCACAUCAGCAACAAUCAAUAUCUCUCUGCAGCCUCAUAACCGACUGACUUUUAUUCAUGACUCAUAGUCUGUGCUUGACCAUUUUUGUAUUUGUAUGCUUUUAUGUGUUUUUAUUGUUAGGUUUUGGGCUGAGUAAUGACUCCUAUGACUUGUUCCAAUUUAGGUCUGAAUAGAAAAGGUGAUUGGUGUUAAUAACGUCCAGUAUUAUGAAUAGUAGUAAGGACCAAAUUAAGUAACUCCUCACACAAAAUAAAAUGUGUCCAUUAUUGACAGGCCUAGAGUGCUACCAUGUAGAAAUUGUAGGCUACCACUAUUGGCUAAGAAUGAUGAGUAAAGGUUAACUUCAUUGGUCAGGAGAGUAGGGAAGGCGGGAUACACCAGAUAUCAUGAUAAUUAAGGAGGUAUAUAAACGCAGACACUACUGAUACUAGGCGCGUACUAGUUCAGCACCAGUAAAUAGAGAAGGAAAAGAUAACAACAACAGGAUGAUUUCAACUUUUUCGAAUAAACUGUAAGUUAGUGUUUUUAA